GACAUACUACUUGUGUUCUGCACCUGGACCACAUGAGGAACAAAACCAAAUACUUAAAAACAAUCAAAAGCUGGUGUGAAGAUUUGGACCUAUUUGGACAGAUAAUAUUUUACUUGCGAUGGAUAUUCAUUAUUUUACAAGGCACUGAGGAAAAUAUUAAGAUGUAUUUACAACGCAACAGGACCCAGUUUGUGGAUGUUGACUCGUCGGGUAAACCUUGCAAAGAACGGAUGCUGUCUGUGCUCUAUCAAGGCAUUCAACAACACAGGUUCAUGGAUUUUGCAGUACAUAAAGUAGAAAACACUGCUAAAUUAAGAAGCUGGAUGGCAGAAUCUGGUUUAAUAGAUUUGUUUGAUAAUGUAAUAGCACCAUUCAUUUCUAAAAGAUAAUACUGUACUACUGUAUUUUAAUUAUCAUUAUUAAAGGUAGUAAUAUUUAAAGUCUUUUAAUACUGUACUAUGUAAGGAGCAUUUCUGUCAUAGUCCCAUGAAUCUCCAUAAGAAUAAUGACCAGUCAGUUUCGCAUAAAACAACAGUAUCACUCUUAACCUCUUCAAGGGGGGCUCCUUGGCGUGGUGAAGAGGCUCUUGGUCUGAGGAAUUAGACCUAUCGGUCUUCUUCCUCAGACCGAACCUAAUUACCCCCCAAUCUCCCCUCCCCUAUCCCAUCCUCCCUAUCCUCCCCUUUUUCCUUUCCUCCUCCUCCUCCCCACUCCUCCCUUUUGCCCUUCCUCUUUUUGUCCUUUGGGAUUUCUCCCACAGGCGCGCUAGUUCCUAGGUAGGAGAAAGGAUACCGGGGUCCAUCCCAUUCCGUUGAGGUUCUUAGCGGUGGCGUAGUUUGCCGUGGAAUCUGGAUCGCCUGGGGAUGUCCCGAUCCCUCUCCGGUAUCCUGGAGUAGCUUUGGGUGUCUUUCGGGCGACGAGUGUA